UCCAAUUUCCGAGCUUAUUACUAGAACAAGAUCUUGCGACUUCUUUCUGGGUUAAUCCAAAGAUUUCGAAACAACCCGAAUGUAAGACCCUCAUUUCCUGAAAAUUCGGCCAGAACCUGUUCGUCGCCAGUCACUCCUUUUUGCCCAUUUUUCCAUUUUUCGAUAUAUGUAUUUUUUAUUAGAAUUUGAGAAUUUUAUUUAUUUUUCUAUUAUCUUUUUAGUUUCUAACCUCUUAUCCUUACACUUAGAAGGGUUGCCGGCCCGGUCUGGUUCGAGAGAUCGAGUCGGGCAUCGAAUUUUGGCCCAAAAAAGACUCGGCCGGGCCGGCCCGAUAAAAUUGAGACCCGAAAAAUGAUUCAAACGUCGGCUCGACUCGAAAACAGCAACCCUAAUCAGCUUUUUAAAAAGAUUUGUCCGCAAGUCGAGUCCGCAAAACUCAAAAUUUUUAUGCUUAUUUUUCUCACAUUUUUUCUUUCAAUUUUCUACAUUUUUUGUCUUGUUUUUACAAUUAAUUUUUGUUUUUUUUUAGUUAUUUUUGUAUUUUAAAUUUUUAUAAAGACUUAAUAAAUUUUGUUUUUAAAUGUCAAGUAAAAAGUUAUCGCCUAGUGAGGAACUUGAGAAGCAAUAUAGGGAUUAUAAAGCACAAUUUGAGGAAUGGAAACUAAAAAAUCGAGAUUCUGAAGGAACUGAGGCUUAUGUAAAUUAUGUCAAACAAUUCCAUCAGUGGGAAAAAGAUGUUGAAAAAAGACGAGCAACGUUACGGCAGAAGGCAGAAAUUGACAGAAUAUCAGCAGAAAAGGAAGCUGAAAUAUCCAGAAAAGAAACUGAAGAAAAGAGGAGAAAAGAAGAAGCAGCAGCAAAAGCAUAUGCAGAAGAACAAGCACAAUAUAUUUCAAUGCAUCAAAAAGCAAUGCAGGAAGAACAACAAGGAAGGCUUAAACAACAAAAACAAAUAAAAAAUUCUUUUUCUGGAACUAAUUUGGAUUUAAUGGCUUCUCCCGUAACAGAUUUUCAUUCUUCCCCAGUUCAUCAACAGCAACAAAAAUCUUUAAAAGGCGAAAGUAGUAUUGGAAUACCUGAAGAUGAUAAUAAUGCUUCUGAUAUGCUUUCUGCAAUGCAACAAAUGUUUAGCAUAGUUAUGGGGGAUACAGCAAAACUUGCAGCAGCAGCAACAAAAGAAAAAAGUGCCAAUAAUAGUAGCAACAAUUCUAUUUCUGCAAUCCCUGCAGCCCUUCCACCUCCUUCAAAUAUUAAUGAAACUUUACAAAAACCUGGGGUUUCUUCUGAUUUAUCUUCACAACCUCCACAACUUUGGGGCAGUGAAGGAGCUUUGUUUUCUUCAGCGGAUCCAAUGUUCCGUCGUUGGAAUGUUCGUGCUGCGCCACCCAAUUUUCGUGUGCCAUACCAACCUCCACCUUCAGGAACGUUAGUCCAACCGGGCUGGCUUUAUUUACGUAAAAUGGAAGAAGCAAAAUUGGCUUUUGCUCCUCCACCUGAUCUUUCUACAGCCCCACCAAUUAUUCAGCAACAACAACAAUUAAUAAAUAUACCUCAAAAUAAUUUACCCCAAAUGGCGGGGCAUCCAAUGCCGCCAGCAGCAGCUACACAUUUAAGCGUUCCACCGCCCGCGAUUAUUCCUCAUCCCCCACAUCCCCAUCACCCCCACCAUUCCCAACAAUUUAAUCAUCAUCAACAAUUCCAUCCUCCACCUCAAUAUUCUAUUUUCCCUCCAAAUAUUCCCUCAUUAUUAAUGGGUGGAAAUAAUUUAUCUAUUCCUCCACCGCAACAUCCAAGCAAUCCCCCUCUUCCUCCUCAAGCAAAUUUUCGUCCCUAUUAUAAUUUGCAUUGAAAGCAUUUUGUUAAAGUAUUUUUUAAACCCGAACAUUUAUUGUUUUUGUAUUUCAUAUGAAUUAAUGAAUAUUUUUUAAAGAUUUCUCGCAAUUUUAUUUUGCUGUCAAGAUUUAUUUUGUUAUAUUUGUUCGCGUUUUUCUUAAAAAUUUAUUUUUUAAUGUUAGGCAGUUCUUGAAUUUAUAAUUAAUUAUCGGAUUUCGCUUUCCGUUUGUUCUCAUUUGCAAAAAUUCGUUUUUUUUUUUGUUUCUUAAUUAUUUCAGCACAUGUCUAUCACAAAUUCAAUUGUCAUUUAUUUUAUUAUAGAUACAAAAUCAGACCUCAUAAGCAGAGGUUGGUCGAAAUUUCGAUUUCCGGCGUUUUUCUCCUUCCUAUUUCUGAUUUCCGAAAAAAUUUGAUUUCCGACACCUCUGACUAUUCCGACCCACCUCUGCUCAUAAGAAAUACUCCCAAUCUCCUCUGUUCAAUUUACGUUUAGACCGCUUUUUUGUCUUGGUUGGCCACCUAGCCCCCAACGAAUUUUAAAAAUAUUGUGGGCUUUUAAAAUAUAUCUCAACAUAGCAUUCGUUUUUCGGCCUCAAGGGGUAUCUUAUAGUAAAGUUUGACAAAUAUUUUUGGCUGAAAUAAUAUAAAUCUUCGUGUUUUAUUUGAAAAUGUUUUUUACUUUUUUAUAAAAUAAAUGUUUUAGUCUAUAAAAUUUGCAGAUUUGAAAUUUUUUAAUUAGCAGCAUUAAAAUUUCUUUUAUUUGUAAAUAUUUUAAACUUGCCAAAUAAAAAUGUUUGUAAAAUAGAAAUGCAACUAUGUAUAUAAAAAAGGAUUUGGAAUUUUUUAAUAGUUGG